CUCCACGCAUGCAAUAUGGCAAUUUGAACGCACAUUCGCCAGCCAUAGCUAUAUUGCUCAGCCCGCUCCUCUUCACUGUCCCUGAUACAGCUACUUCGUCGAAGGAAUUCGUCUCGAUCACCUUGCAUUAGGUGUUUAACAGAGAGUUCUUGCGAAGCAUUGCAGCGACUCUACCAUACAGCAAAGGCGUGCACUACGCAGACUUCGCUCGAAACCUCCUCAAUACUACAAUACUAGACUAGAAAAUGGAUCCACGGACUUGGUUCAAGGACCUUACGCCCUACUUCAUUUACUUGCUACUGUUCGCUACGACCGGACCUCUACUGUUUGGCUUUCACUUGGCUGAAUUAAACGCGCCCGAGGAUGUCAUUCGCUGUAAAGCUAAAUCCGCUACCUCAGCGAAUCUCCCGCAGUGUAUGCCCAUGACAUCUGCGCAAUGGGGUCUUGUUGGCUCGAUAUACACACUGGGAGGCUUCCUGGGAGCUGUGAUAUCAGGAACACUAUCAUCUAGUUAUGGGCGGUUAAGAGUCAUGCAAUUGAAUACGGCUUUCUUCAUUGUUGGACCAAUCUUGCAAGCUCUGGCACCAAACCUCACGGUUCUGGGUAUCGGUCGUUUCAUAUCCGGAAUAGGUGCUGGAACAGCAAUGGUGGUUGCUCCUCUAUACGUUUCAGAGAUAUCACCGCCUGCAGAGCGCGGCUUCUUUGGAGCUUGCACACAAGUCAUGGUCAAUGUCGGAAUCUUGAUUGCCCAGCUGCUAGGAUUCUUUUUGAGCAAGGGCCAGCUUUGGAGAAUUAUUCUUGCCGCUGGCGGUGGUAUAGGAUUAGUGCAGGCCCUGGGUCUCUUCUUUGGAGUAGAAAGUCCAAAAUGGACCGCAGAAUACAGAAACGUGUCCGAAGCAAAGAGGAACCUGCGCAGAAUCCGAGGAGAGGACUAUGAUAUUAGCGAGGAAACUGGCGGAUGGAAUACUGAAGAUAGCAAUCUGACAGACGAGCACGAAACGUUGCUCAGGGGUGAGGAGGAGCUUUCGAAUGUUGCGAUGAAAGCUGAAAGAAAGGAGAAUUUGAGCAUCUUCCAAAUCUGGCAAUACCCAAAUCACAGGCGUGCUGUUUUCGCCGUUAUGAUGGUCAUGGUCGCACAACAGUUUACUGGUAUCAACAGCAUCGUCAUGUAUGGCGUUGGCCUGCUGUCCAGCCUACUCCAGUCAAACUCCGCACUCCUUAACCUAGUUGUUUCGGCACUCAACAUCAUAGUCACGGCAGCCACUGCUCCUCUUGUCGACCGACUAGGCCGCAAAGUAUGUAUCUUGAACUCGAUCUUUGUGAUGGGAGCGUCAUCCUUGCUUUUGGCUAUCGGUAUCAUCAAGUCGAUCAAAAUACUAUCUGCAGUAGCUGUACUACUCUUCGUUUCCGGAUUUGCCCUUGGUCUAGGUCCGGUUCCGUUCAUCCUAGCAAGUGAGCUGGUCGAUCCUGAAGCCGUUGGUGCUACUCAAAGCUGGGCCUUAUCGUCCAAUUGGAUAUCAACAUUUUGUGUUGCACAAUUCUUUCCCAUUCUAAACGAGCAAUUGCAUGGCAAGGUAUAUCUAAUAUUUACGGGACUGGCAGCGUUCUUUUUCGUCUUCGUUACCUGGUAUGUACCCGAGUCGAAGGGCAAGAAGACUGCAGAUGAGGUUUGGGGAAGAGAAUCGAGCGCGAGGAGGGUUGAUUAGACCGCCUUUUCGAAUAGAUCAAGUAUACGAGUCGCAAGACAGAUUCAUUCUGCACGUUCAGUCUUCGUCAUGAUCCUCCGGGGAUGUCGUCUCCAGCAACAGCGCAGCAUGCACGGACCGAGUUCCUUAUGGAAAGCUGACAAACCCCGGAGGUUUUCGGCGAGGGUUCAGCGCGAUCGGCUACUGCUCGGUCACCUAGGUAGGU